AGUUCAAAAAGGGCGGUUCAAAUUUUUUCCUUACUCAAAAUCGUGGCAACGCUUUUAGCAUUAGGGAUUAUCAGUUAACCAAUUGUUGUUUCCAUACAACAAUGGCGGAUCAUUCAGUGAAACCAAACACUAACUCUAGAUUGAGCUUUACGAACCAAAAUCACAACGUUACAAAGAGAGAGGAGGAGAAGAAGAAGGAUAAAAAGUGUGAAUUUGAGUUCUGCAAGGUCUGUAAGCUGAACCACAACCAAGGGCCACGUCACAAGUAUUUCCCUAACCACAAAACCGCUCUCUCCUCUUUCCUAUCUCGAUUCCAAAACAAGAUCAAUGACGUUCGUUUCUUCUUGAGAAACCCUAAAGUUCUUCGACCUGAGCACGCGGAUCGCAAUCGGUUUUGGUGUGUCUUCUGCGAUACCGAUGUUGACGAGCUCGAUAGCUCUUUCGCUUGUGAAAAUGCUAUUAAUCACUUGGCGGGUGGGCAUCACCUGAAGAAUUUGAAGCAUUUUCUUUGGCAAUAUGGUGGUAAGAUGGACCAACUGGACAAAUAUAGGAUAUCGGAAACUGAUCUAACUAAGUGGGAGAAGAAGUGUGAGUCAUUGAAGGUUGAAGCAAUGGUUGCUCCUACUGAAGGAUCUGGACUUAAAUAUGGAGCUUCAAAUGAUAUCCACUAUAAUGUCAACAUUGAAAAAAUUAAUAAUCUUGGACAAAAUACUCUUAACAGUGUCAAACCAAGUUAUUCUAAUGUUGUUUUGCCUUUACAAUACAAUACAAAUGAGUAUCAGAUAUCUAAUUCAAGAUUCCCUGAAGUUUCGCACUUUGGUUCAAAUUUUCAUGAGGCCAACUUUUCGAAUACAAGUUUGUUGAACUCGAAUGAUUUGAAAGCUAAUAGCAGUGGCCAACAAAAUCUUCUUUACAAUGGAAUAUGCUCAGGAAAUGCUUACCUCAGUGAUGUUGGCGGUUGCCAAGUGUAUCAGAAUGCAAGUAUGGUGAGCAGAGAAAGCAGUUCCCAGGGAUUGCAGAGCUUAACUCAAGUGUCUUCCAUUUCAACCAUAGAUGCUGGAGGAAAUGUGCAUUCUGGAGCACUCCCUCCUUGGCUUGAAGCUGCUGAUCAGACUUUGCUAAACAAUCAAGUAAAGCCAGCUUUAAGGAGUUUUAUUUCAUCAAACAAGUCACAGAAAUCCCAUAAGUUGAACCCAAAAAGGGUUGGGGCUGCUUGGGCUGAAAAGAGAAAGAUGGAGCUGGAGAAAGAGAAGAGAGGGGAGAUUGUUGAGAGUGAUUGUGAUGCUAACUGGCUUCCUAAUUUUGGUAGAGUUUGGCAGUCAGGUAGCAGAAAGGAAUCUAGAAAAGAAUUUGAUAUUGAAAAACAUAAGUUCCUCAAGGUUGAAAGCCAUUCUGAGAUGCCAGUUAAGAUACAGCCUUACAUCAGUAAACGAAUGCGAAAAGAUAUUGGUGAAUGAUGACUAGUAAUUGCACAAAGGAAAGACAACUGCAGGAAGCUUACGGUUGAAUAAUCAAGAAGUAUUCUUUUGUUUUACUCCUCUAUGGUGAAUUGAAAGUUUCACAAUGCGAAACUUAGGAAAGAGAAGAGUAGCUCAUGGACUCAUGGUGAUUUCACCCUAAGAUAUUUAGCAACUGUAGUUAUUCCAUCAUUGUAUUCUUAUCACAACUCUGAAAAUAGUGUAUACUUUACAGCAUAAUAAAUAAUUUUCCAUGUCCCCUACUCUUUUACCUGUCUCACAAAUGUAUGUAUAUCUGUGUUUCUGAAGCAACUAGAUGUGCUGUUUUGAAUUGGAACAAUGGGUUGCGAGCUUUGGCACCCAGAUUAUACAUAAUUGGCAAAACCUUACCAAGUGUCAUGUAAUUGAUAAGUACCCAUAAUUCAUAUAUUUUGGAUCCUUAUUGCUUUUCAUUGCUUCUCAAGUAAAAUAUCAUGUUUUAGCUUCAUUUGCAUGUUUAGUGUCACAUUUGCAUAUAUUAGCAUUGUUAUCUAAUCUUAUAUGAUUUAGUAUUAUUAAUUAAUUUGGUGUUUCAUGACUCUAAUUAGGUGCAUAUGAACUUGGGAUGCAAGUUUGAGGACCCAUGGAAGUGAAACGAAUGAGCAAAACACGAAGAAUUAAAAGGAAAAGUGGGCUGCAGCUCAAAACUGUGGAGCCUCAGCCCUAGAUCUGGAGUCGCGGCACCAAAUCUGGAGCCCUAGCCACCGCAUAUCAUCCACAAACAAACGGGCAAGCAGAAGUCUCUAACAAGGAAAUCAAAACUAUUCUCGAGAAAACGGUCUAUCCAAAUCAUCAAGACUGUAGUUUGCGGCUCAUUGAUGCAUUAUGGGCUUACCAGAUGGUUUAUAGAACUCCUAUAAGUAUGUCACCUUAUCAGCUCAUAUUUGGCAACCCAUGUCACCUUCUUGUUGAACUAGAACACAGGGCAUAUUGAGUCAUCAAGCAUUGUAACAUGAGGAUGGAUGAGGCGAGUAAACAUUGGAAACUGCAAUUGCAAGAUCUAGAAGAAAUUCAAAAUGACGCCUAUGAGAAUUCGAGAAUUUAUAAGGAUAAAACAAAAGCCUUCCAUGAUCAUAGGUUUUCAGGAAAGAUUUCUCGGUUAGACAAAAAGUUUUACUUCAUAAUUAUCGUUUAAAAUUAUUUACUGGUAAAUUGUGUUCUCAAUGGGAAGGACCUUUUAUAGUUACUAAUGUCUCUCAUGGUGCAGUGGACAUAAAAGCUCCAAACAAGACCAAAAUCUACAAGGUUAAUGGUCAUUGUUUAAGACCUUUCUAUGAAGGUUUUCAGGAACAUGAUGUUGAGACAGCUAAUCUUGAAAUCCCUAUCUAUGGGACUUGAUGGGGGUAUUUUGUCUGGCCAAAGACGUUAAAGAAAAUCACUUACGGAGAGGCAACUCCGAGUUUUAUUUUUGUUUUUCGCUUUGUUUUCAUUUCCUUUUUCCCUUCUAUAUAUUUAUUUAUUAUUGUUGAUUUUAUUUUUUAUUUCCUUUUUAAUUUAUUUUUAUUUUAUUUUUCGACUAGAGUUGGGGCACGGCUCUCCUGGUGUCAGGGUCUUGUUGAACUUCCAUUUUUUUGAUUGUUUGUCCUUAAAUCGAUGUCAACGGUUGUUCCUCAACUCUAGUCGAAAAAUAAAAAUAUAAAAAUAAAGUAGAAAGGAAAUAAAGAUAAAUAAAAUCGAAGUGAAAUGAAAGAGAAAUAUUGAAAUGGAAACGAAGCAAAAAACGAAAAUAAAAUCUGAAGUUCUCUCCAUAGGUGCUUUUCUUUAAUGUCUUUGGCUAGACGGAAUGCUCCUAUCAAGACUUGUAGGUUAGGAUUUUAAGAUCAAUGGUCUCAACAUUGUGUUUCUCAAAACUUCCAUACAAAGGUUUUAAACCUUGAAAAUUUUGGUUUUAUUUGGAGCUUUAAUGUUCGCUGCAUCAUAAGGAGAGACAUUAGAAACCACAAAAGUAAAACUUUCUGUCCAGUCUUUUUUGGAAACCUUUUGGUCGUGGAAGGCUUUGGUUUUGUCCAUAUGAAUUCUUGGAGACGUCGUUUCAAGUUUCAUCUAACUCUUGCAAUUGCAGUCUCCCAUCCUCAUGUUACAAUUCUUGAUGACCCAAUAUGCCUUGUGUUUUAGCUAAAUAGGAAGGUUACAUGGUUUGCCAAAUAUUAGCCGGUAAGGGAACAUACAUAUAUGAGUUUUAUAGCCUUUUUCUUAUUUGGAUUGAUUGCUCUUUUGAGAAUAGUUUUGAUUUCCUUGUUGGAGACUUCUGCUUGCCUGUUUGUUUGUGGAUGAUAUGCCGUAGUCAAAUUUUUUGGUUAAAGCCUCCAUCACUUUACUGCAAAAAAUGCGUACCUCAGUCACUAGUAAGUGCUCUUGGCAUGUCGAACCUAGAAAAAAUGUGAGACUUCGACAAAAUCUACAACUUUAGCGUCGUUAGUUCAAGUUGCCUUUGUUUCAACCUUCUAAAUUCGCAAUGUUCACAUUAUUUGAGGUAUGUGCAAGAGUCUGGAAACAAGGUGACUAAAAUAAUGUCAUUUUUGUCUUUUUCAAGAAAGUAUUGGAGCCCUAAUUUUAAGUCAAAUAAACUUUAUAAAUAAUAUCUUUUAGACAAGAGAGAAGAGGAACUUCUUGUAGCUUUAUUGUUUUUAGUGUUUUUCUUAUUUUAUGGCUUGUAAAGUAAAUUUUGAAGUUUGAUUGUAUAAAGUUUGUGAGCUUGAAUUGUUUCUAAA